CAACAAAAGUUCUUAGAAUGCAAAGAAGGCACAUGCGCUGUUCUUGAAGAUGAAAUAGAAAACAGAAUAGAUGAGCUAUUAAAGGACAAAGAACUUUUACAUAAAUAUGGUUGCGCCAAAUUUGACAUAACUCCACCAGAGAAGAAGAAGAAGAGAGAAAAGAAAGAAAAGAAAGUAGAAGAAAAGAAAGUAGAAGAAGAGAAGAAAGAACCAGAGCCAGUUCCAGAGAAAAAGAAAUUUGACAUGUAA